CCGCAGUAACGCUUAAGCCGAGAGCUGUCGAACCAGCAGCCAUUGUACCUGACAACAUGACGGCGCGCGCCAGCGUGCUCCUCUUACUAUGCGCGUGCGCAUUCGCCCGCGAGUGUAUAGAACUCACUUUAUCCGAUCGCAACAUACUAUCCGAUAGCAUAUUCAACGGUACGAUACAAAAGUUGGGGGCGCGAAAUGAAAGUUACGAUGACAGUGCGAGGGUGGAUCUAUUGGGGUUGUGGGGGAGGUUCCCGAAAGUUGUGGUGCCUAUGAACGGGACGAGCGAGCAGUGCCGCCGAGAUGGGCAAAUGUUUUUGGACGCCUUGGACCGCUUGGAGCUGUGGGCACUCAAAAUGUUGGACGCCACAGCCAAGCUUCCGUCCGGAAUACUCAGUGGUAACGCGAACCAAUACGGGGACUUUGACGAGUGUCUCAGCAUCGACAGCGCAGUUCGAGGGAAGUACUGCCUUGCCUCGCUGCAAGUCAACAUAGCUGCUAUGGGUUACGAACGUUUGGACUAUAUGAUACACAGCGGCCAUUAUAUACGGAGCAACGUUACUGACAUGGGUCACAGAGUCCCAAGAUACUCCAGCCUGCUAUGGGGCGUGUGUAUACCAAGCUCCUGUAGCAGCUUUGACUUGGAAGACGAACUCUCACAGAAACUGUCCAGCCUCGGCAUAUCUGCGAAAGUGCAAAACACCAUGUGCACAGUGAAAGACUUUAAACGACCGUACUCCUUUGGAAAAUCUUUGGCUAUAGCAUUCUUCCUGGCGAUAUUAAUUCUGCUCAGUCUGGGAACGAUACUGGACGACGGAAAGGAAGCUGCCACGAAUUUCGAGAAGUUACUGAACGCAUUCUCUCUUAAGCGAAAUCUACGGAAAGUUUUCGACUUAAGCGAUUCUCCUACUAGGGUGAAGGGGGUAGACGCGUUUAGGGGUAUGAAUGCAUUCGCCCUCCUGCUCGCCCACAAGUCAAUGGCCAUGGCGCACAGCCCUUAUGUUAACAAGACUAGCUACUCUGAGGUAUUCGGUAUGCCGUGGGCGGUGAUUGGUCGGUCAGCGAUCGUGUACACAGACAGCUUCUUGUAUCUCAGCGGAUUCCUCAACGCACACAACCUUCUCCAAGAUUUGGAGAAGAAAGGAACUAUCGACUUGAAGAACCGGCUUUUAGCGCGAUGGUUCAGGCUUUUCCCUCUCUUCCUGAGCUUGAUGUUAUUCUGCACAUACGUCCUCCCGGACCUGAACAAUGGCCCUCAAUGGAACCUGGUGGUUGAAGAACACAGUCGAGUCUGCGAAAAAAAUAUGUGGAAGAGCUUCCUGUUUAUUCAUAAUUACUUUGGCUUUGAAGAGAUGUGUUUAACCCACACACAUCAACUGGGUAUCGACAUGCAACUCUACGUGGGCACUUUCCCCUUGAUGCUGAUUCUCUGGAAGUUCAAACGACUAGGUUUAGCACUUAUAGUGGCUAUAGCUGUAUCUUCCACAAUACUGCGAUACCUGGCUACGCAUUGGUAUGACAUCAGUAUGUUUGUCUACUAUGGAAUCUCGGUGUCGAAGCUUUUAGAUGCAGCGAGGUAUUCAUACAUUCUCCCCACACACCGCGCUACUAUUUACCUGAUUGGAGUGUUAAUGGCGUACUUCAUAAAAAACAAUAAAUCACGCGUUAAACUCAGUGAUAAUCAAGCAAGGCUAGUAUGGUGUGUAAGUUUCGGUAUAGCUGCGUUCACAAUAGCGAGUCCUUACAGAAUGGGGCUCGAAGGAUACCAGUACGAACACUUCCCCGCUGCCAUGUUUGCGGCUUUCGCGCCUAUAUUGUGGGGCCUGUUUAUGAGCAUUGCUCAUUGGGCGAUUUGCAAUGAUUAUGCAGGCAUUGGAACAGCAUUCGUAGAGUCGCGAGUGUUUAAGUUCUUUAACAAGAUCGCAUACGGCGUGUACCUCACGCAGUUCCCCAUAUUCUUCUACAAUGUGGGUGUGCAGAGGCACGCGGAGUACUACACGCCUUUCCUACUUAUCCACGUCCCAGAGAUGGCGGUAGUGCUAAUAAUUUCAAUACUAGCCACGGUAGCCAUCGAGAUGCCUUUCAACCAAGUAUAUAGGAUAUAUUUCGGAAAAUCACAGAUAAAAUUAAAAGAGAAGUGAAGUACGUAUAAGAAAUGGCAAGAGACCAAACUGACUGUAUUAUAUUUAGCUUAAGCCAAAACAUCACGUAUUUAGAUUGUAUUUUUGUCUAUUUUUAUACUGUAAAUGUAAGUUAUUUUAAGUUAAUAAAUGAGUGAGUUUAA